UUGGUGUAACAAUGAUAAUGAAGAACUCAAUUUUCGUUUGGUCGCUUUUCGUUUUGACGAGUGUAAUUUCGGGGCAAAAUCGAGACUCACGUGAUAAAAAAGAAGUAAAACCACAAAAUGUUACAAUUACAGCUAAGAUCGAUGAUCGAUCAGAAAAAGGAAUUCUUCUUGGACAAUAUCCUCUACCGUCGAAUAUCACACUGAAACAAGACAAAUCGAAUGAGCACAUCCAACUUACAAUACUUAAUGAAACUGUUAUUGGUAGAGAUAUUGAGUUACUCAUUCAACCGAAUCUUUUAUCGUAUAGACUAAACGUCAACGGUGAUUGGACAACACUAUCUUUUUCCAACGAUAUUACUUUGAUUGCUAUGAAUUCAGAAGAAGUGUAUGCUCCAGGACACCAUUUACCAUUUGUCCUUUAUGAAAAUGAAAGAGUAGUUGAAAUAUUUAUUCCAGCCACCAAAACUACACUUACGCCAACCACAUACUUACUACCGCCUGUUACACCUGCAACAACAACAUCUCCAACAACAUCAUCCUACUCAACACCAACUACGUUAUCAACAACUUCUACUGCAUCAUCAGCCGGAACAUUUACCAAAAUAAAGGAAGAUACUGUUAGACAAUUAACGAAGCUCAUAAACUACUUAUCAGUGAAAGGUCCUCCUCUAAGAGGAUUAAUAAUCCUGAAGGCAAAAACUUUAAAGUUAUUGUUACCUGUAUCAUUUAGUUCUGCCUCCGAUACAUCGCCUGUAACAGAAACCGCAUCUGAAAUCAGAGAAAAUACGAACAAACAAUUGACAAAACUUUUAGACUACAUAAAAACUGAUAAUACUGUAGAAUGGAACUGGCUUAUUAAACUAGAUGCAAAUGCAUUAAAGUUAUGUCUAUUAAUGAUCAAUUAAA